AGGAUUCCAAACCAAAUCCAAUGUGGAUAUAUAUUCUACACACAUUACUAUACCCACAGAAUUAGAGAGAUAAAAGGAGAAAUCUGCUUGGGUAAAGGCGUCUAGUGGCUGUCCAUUGCUUUAAAUCACUUACUGUGUGCCCCAAUAUCCAGAAAAGUUAAAGCCAAAAAGGAGAAACCAAGAACAGUUUUUGGUCAUUGGUGUCUGUUCAACAAUGGAAAGGGAAAACAGAAAAAGAGCGAGAGACGAAGAAGAGAAGAAAGAAACAUGUCAAGGGAAGAAACCCGAAUUUGAUUUCGACAAAGAAGAGAAGGGCUAUGAAUUCUGUGAUGAGGUAGGAGUUUUUGAUUUCCCUUGGCUCAAAGAGGGUGCGAAAAUCUUUAAAGGGGAGGAAAAUUUUGAAUUGGAAGAUACAUUUGCACUUUCUUCUUCAUAUUUUGAUGAAUUUCCCGCCACUUCGACACCAGAUUUUGAUCAAUUUUGUGUGCAGAAUUUGUAUGAUCAAAAUGUUAUUGAUGAGAAUAAGUUUGAUGAAGAUUUGUGGCCAUUCAAAGUUGAUGAUCUUGAUCCUGUGGAUUGCUUUUGGAGAUCUGUGAUUGAUUGAUCAGCCUCUUGAUGUUGGGUUGAACAAAGUUUAUAGAUUAAUCUUCAAAAGAGAAUUCAUGUAUUCAUGUCGCUUAAUUUCGUAUUUUCCAAACUUUUGUCCCUUUGAACUGGCCAUGGGGUAAUGACCUCUCACGACCAGAUUUUUUUAUUUUUUUCCCAGCUAUUUACUAUGGAUUUUAUGGUAUUAAAU